AUGUCAUUAACAGCAGAGGUGGAAAAUAAUAAUAUUGUAAUAAUGAAAUCCACAAAAAAAUCAUUUCAUAUUCCACCGUCCUAUACGUUUACAUCAUUAUCAUCAUCACGUCGUACAACAUCUCUAUCGACAAUAGUUCAUCCAAUCGGGUCUACUUCGUCUUAUCGAUCACCUCAUAUAUCUUCAGCACUAUCACCACAGAUACAAUGUCAACUAAAACCACAGCCAACAUCAGUUGGAAUUCAUACAACAUCUAAGGUGGACAAUAAUGACGAUUAUGUAACACCUCCAACGAGUGUAAAAGAUUCAAAUCCAUUUUUGAGUACUACAGAAAAUGGAAUCUCUAGUUCAUCACCAAAGAAAAAAUCUGUAAAUAUUACAGUGAAACAAAAUCAUUUGUCAACACAACCGUUAACUACGCAACUAAUAAAUUCGACAGCAACAGCAACAAUUAAUACCAAUAGUAAUGCAAUAUCAAAAGUAUCUGCUCAAAAAGAAACAGCCAAACAUAAAUCACAUCGUUUAUCCAACGAGAUUGAGAGAAUUGUUCAAGAUCAUUUGAAAUAUGAUCGAGAAAAUGUAUCCGACUUAUGGGAACUCAUUCAUCAUGAAGGCGAAAUGAAAGUUUAUCGCCGCGAAGUAGAAGAAAAUGGAAUUGUUGUUGAUCCACUCAAAUGUUUUCAUACAGUAAAGGGUGUAACUGGACGUGAAAUAUGUCAUUAUUUUUUUGACCCAACCUAUCGAAUGGACUGGGAAACUACGUUGGAUUCAACGAAAGUUAUCGAAACACUCGAUAAAGAUAAUCCAGAUACACUCAUAUUCUUUCAACUACAUAAACGUGUAUGGCCAUCUGCUCAACGUGACUCAUGUUUUUGGUCACACAUACGUUGUGUAUCGACUGGUGAAGAAGAUCAACCACUUUGGAUCGUCGUUAAUUAUACCACUGAUCAUGCUCAAGCACCAAUAAAAUCUCCAUUCGUUCGACUUGUGGCUAAUGUAGCUUUAACAUGUGAAACACAAAUCAUUGAACCACCAUUAAAUCCAAAAGAUAUUAAACGAGAAAAUCUUCUGUGCAAAUUGACUUAUGUUGCAUUUGUGAAUCCUGGUGGUUGGGCGCCAGCUGCUGCUCUUCGUGCAAUUGCAAAACGUGAAUAUCCUAAAUUUCUUAAACGUUUUACAAGCUAUGUUAUUGAACAAACACGAGAUCAACCAAUUUUGUUUUAA